AUGGAGCUCAACCUCGUGGCAAUCGACGCCUUGACACCUACCGAUUACAAGUUCGAAGGAUGGAUGGGCUUGGGCCGUAAGUCUGUUCAAGACAAUAUAUGUGAACCCAGACCCUGGGAAGAGACCGCUGUGGAUAUCAAGAUCACCUACUCCGCGGAUAAGUAUGGUCCUACUUUAUAUCCUUGUUGCGUUGGCCAUGAAAACGUUGGAAUUGCUGUCCGAGUCGGUUCUAACGUUGAGAACGGUGUCAAAGUCGGUGACCGAGUGGGAGUUGUUGCUCAAAAUGAUUCUCGUCUGGCUCCUUGGGCUCAUGUAUACUUCAAAGCACUGGAUGGAGGGAAGUUCUAUGGUGGAUAUGGCCUCUACCAUCGUUCACCUUCCCACUUUGUGAUCAAAAUUCCUGAAGCCCUUCCUUCUGCGUCAGCGGCACCCAUGCUCUGUGCUGGUAUUACAACCUAUUCCCUACUUCGUCAUUAUGGAUGUGGCCCAGGGAAAAAGAUUGGUAUUAUAGGUGUUGGCGGCCUAGGCCUCUAUGCUAUUAUGUUUACCAAACCACCUGAAGCCGACAAAGUUAUUGCUAUCUCGCGCAAGGCAGACAAGAAAGGAGACCCUUUGGGGCUUGUUGCAGAUGCCUGCAUUGCUACUGAUAAGAUACAACGAGAACCUCUCACAGACUAUCACUCUCUUCUGAAAACCGAUGGUCGUUUUGUACAACUCGGCAUUCCUGAUAAUGGAUCUUUAUCACUCCAGCCACGGCAUUGA